GAAACCUACCAGCGAAUCAGCCCAGAAAACAGGCAUAAAGAAGCUUGUGAGGCCUGCCGAAUUGUCACCGGUUUGAUGAAAAAUCGACUGUCGCAGUCGAGUUACCAGCAAGCAAUCGUCAGUAACUUUAAAGCGCUAUGUCGGUUGCUGGGACACAACGCUUCCCGUAUGUCGACGUGGAACAGUCUGAUUGACACGUAUAUGCCUUAUGUGCUGGAGGACAUUUUCGCGCUGGCCAUCGAACCGGAAGAAUUUUGCAAGUGUCUCGAGUUCGUCGAUAGUCGGACAUUUGACAUACCUGCUGACCUUUCCAUUAAAGAUUUUGACUAUGAGAUUUGUAACGGGACUGAUUUUGAAGUUGAACCUCACUGCUCACAGCUGGAUGGAGAGGACACGAGGUUCCUGAAUCGUGCCGACCCUCAUGCCGAGCCAGAAAUGUGGCCAUCGCAUUUCGGGGCACCGGAAAUGAUUCUCUGCCAACAGAAUGUCUGGUUUGGCUUUGACGUGGCGAGCUGCAGUUUACUGAUGGCUACUUCAAGCAAGUAUCCUCUGUGA